AUGGGUCAGGGCACUCCCGGCGGUCUGAAUCGGCAACUCCCUGGGGACCGGAAGAAUGACGGCGACAAAAAGGAGAAAAAGUUUGAGCCGGCGGCACCACCUGCUCGAGUCGGCCGCAAGCAGAGGAAGCAGAAGGGACCUGAGGCGGCGGCCCGGCUUCCAACUGUGACACCGCUGAGCAAAUGCAAGUUGCGGCUUCUGAAGCUUGAGCGAAUCAAAGACUAUUUGCUAAUGGAGGAAGAGUUCGUGGCGAACCAGGAGAGAUUGAAGCCUCAGGAAGAGAAGACGGAGGAGGAUAGAUCCAAGGUCGACGAUUUGCGUGGGACACCGAUGAGUGUAGGCAAUUUGGAGGAGCUGAUUGAUGAGAAUCACGCUAUUGUUUCGUCGUCUGUGGGGCCAGAGUACUAUGUUGGGAUUUUGUCCUUUGUCGAUAAGGAUCAGCUCGAGCCUGGCUGCGCUAUUCUCAUGCACAACAAGGUUCUCUCUGUUGUUGGACUUCUUCAAGAUGAUGUUGAUCCCGUGGUGUCUGUAAUGAAGGUUGAGAAGGCUCCAUUGGAGUCCUAUGCUGAUAUUGGUGGGUUGGAUGCCCAGAUCCAAGAGAUCAAAGAGGCAGUCGAGCUCCCAUUGACUCACCCUGAACUAUAUGAAGACAUUGGUAUUAAACCUCCCAAGGGAGUCAUACUCUAUGGAGAGCCUGGAACUGGAAAGACAUUGCUUGCAAAGGCAGUAGCAAACUCUACAUCAGCAACUUUCUUGCGUGUAGUUGGAAGUGAAUUGAUUCAGAAGUACCUGGGAGAUGGUCCUAAAUUGGUGAGGGAACUCUUUAGAGUUGCUGAUGAUCUCUCCCCAUCUAUCGUCUUUAUUGAUGAAAUUGAUGCAGUUGGUACAAAGAGAUAUGAUGCCCACUCAGGUGGUGAACGUGAAAUUCAGAGGACUAUGUUGGAACUGCUGAACCAGUUAGAUGGUUUUGAUUCAAGAGGGGAUGUUAAGGUCAUUCUUGCAACAAAUAAAAUUGAAAGUCUUGAUCCUGCCCUGCUUCGGCCCGGUAGAAUAGACCGGAAGAUCGAAUUCCCCCUUCCAGAUAUUAAGACAAGGAGGCGUAUUUUCCAAAUACACACAUCAAGGAUGACAUUGGCUGAUGAUGUCAACCUAGAAGAAUUUGUUAUGACUAAAGACGAGUUUUCUGGAGCUGAUAUCAAAGCCAUAUGUACUGAAGCUGGAUUGCUUGCUUUAAGAGAGCGCCGUAUGAAGGUGACACACUCCGACUUCAAGAAGGCUAAAGACAAGGUUAUGUUCAAGAAGAAAGAGGGUGUUCCAGAAGGACUUUACAUGUGA